AUGGCCAAGCCCGUUUUCGUCCUCCUUCACGGUGCGUGGCACGGUCCAAGCUGCUGGCACCGUGUCAUCGCCGAGCUUGAACAGGCCGGCUACAAGGCUGUUGCUCCCGCAUUACCUUCUUCGGGUUCCACGCCACCUACACCCGACUGGUCCAAGGAUGUAGAGAUAAUCCAUCAGACUGUUUCGGACCUCGUAAAGCGGCAGGAUGUUGUUGUGGUCACACACAGCUUCAGCGGAAUGACUGGCGGCACAGCGUUGGAGGGUCUGGACAAGGAUACUUGCAUGUCCAGAGGGCUGAAGGGGGGUGUGAUCAGACUCAUCUACAUUACAGCCUUUCUUGUUCCGGAAGGGUUCCAACACUCGCCUGAAGGAACGCGAGACAACAUGAUCCCCGAGAUGAUUACCAGUCUGGACUCAGGCAUCGUUACGGUCAAGCCAGAGGAUGUGAAAGGCAUGUUCUAUCAGGAUUUAGACGACGACACAGUUGCCGAGCUGGCAAAGGAACUGCGCCCGCAAAGCUUUGGUGCCUUCUGGAGUAUUACUACUCACGCCGCUUGGCGCCAUGUCCCGACGACCUACAUCCUUACCACUGGCGACAGGCCGACCACCGUUGUUGCGGCACAGUACCUCGUUGACUCGGCAAAAGCAAGUGGCCAACAUAGGAUUGACAAUGUCAUCAAAGUCGACACCGGCCAUUCGCCCUUCAUCAGCCGACCCGAGUGGACUGCAAAAACAUUGAUUGAAGAGGCUAAUAGGUCACCUCAGCUGGAGUAA